GUUGUCACUUUCAAUAUUAGUAACGGAUUUUAUAGCGCUUUUUUAUUGUGCUUGCUUCCUCUAAGUUAAAGAAAUUAAUAAUUUAGUUUAUAUGUUUGGAAAAUGUUGAAUUAAGAUGUAUAUUAAAUCGGUAAUAAUUGAUGGUUUCAAAUCAUAUGGUCGGCGCACGGAAAUCCAUGGAUUUGACAGAGAAUUUACUGCUAUCACAGGUUUAAAUGGGACUGGAAAAUCAAAUAUAUUAGAUUCAAUAUGUUUUGUUCUUGGUAUAAACAACUUGGGUCAGGUGCGAGCAGCUUCUCUGCAAGAUCUUGUUUUCAAAAGUGGACAAGCUGGAGUCACAAAAGCAACUGUCACACUUGUAUUUGAUAAUUCCGACCCAGAUCAGUGUCCUCUUGGAUAUGAAAAAUGCCGUGAAAUUUCUGUAACCCGGCAAAUUGUUGUCGGAGGCAAAAACAAAUAUCUUAUAAAUGGCAAGCUUGUGCAGAACAAAAAAGUCACAGAUUUUUUUUGUUCCGUGCAGCUUAACGUGAACAAUCCGAACUUUUUAAUAAUGCAAGGUCGUAUAACCAAAGUCUUAAAUAUGAAGCCACAAGAGAUUCUGUCUAUGAUUGAAGAGGCUGCAGGAACUAGCAUGUACGAAACAAAAAGAGAAGCCACAACAAAGCUGAUUGAAAAAAAAGACGCUAAAGUGCGGGAAACUAACACGCUUUUGCAAGAAGAAGUCGAACCCAAGCUAGAAAAAUUACGGCAAGAGCGAGCAGCAUAUCUUGAAUUCCAAAAAAUUUGUCGUGAUAUUGAGUAUCUUACACGUAUUCACAUUUCGUUUAGAUAUCUUAAGCAAAAAGAAGCUCUUAAAAGUACCGAAAAGAAUAUUGAAACUCUUUCAAAUCGUAUUGAGUUUUGUAAGAAAACAAUUUCAGACAACGAUCAGGAAAUAAAAAAUUUAGAGCAAAUUGCUAAAGAAAUUCAACACAAAAUCGACAAUGAAAGCGGCGGAGAGUUGAAGGUGUUAGAAGAAGAACUCUCUGCAAAAAUGAAAGCCGAAGCCCAAUCCACCGGUAACAUCAAAGCUGCACAAGGAGCUAUUGAUCAAGAAAUAAAAAAAGUAAAGGCUUUGGAAAAAAACAUCAAAGACGACAAAAAUGCACUCAAUCAAAAAGAAGAGCAGAUGAAAAAGGUUGAAGGUCUUUUUCAAAGUUUAAAAGAAGCUGAUCAACAAGAUUCUAAGCUAUAUGAAAAUGCUCAAAAACGGUACGAAGCUGUAACCCAAGGUUUAUCCACUAACGAAGACGGUGAGGCUUCUUCGUUGCAAGAUCAAUUAAUAAAUGCUAAAAAAAAUGCUAGUGAGGCGCAAACUACUAUUAAAACUUCUGAAAUGGAAUUAAAACACUGUAAAACCUUACUUAAACAGAAAGAAAACGAGACGCAGACCAAUGAUGCUUCAUAUGCAAAAGAUAAACAAAUGCACGAUAAAAUUAAUGCAGAAAUUAAUAAUUUGCAGUUGCAACUAAACAACAUGAACUACAAAGAAGGUUGCUUUGAGGAACUGCAAGAAAGAAAAAAUACAUUAGUUCGGCAAACACGGACAUUGAAAAAUCACCUAGACGGAAAAAAUUCUUAUAAAUAUGACCUACAAUACCGUGAUCCUGAGCCUAGUUUUGAUCGACGUAAAGUAAAAGGUAUGGUAGGGAAAUUAUUUUCUGUACGCGAUGAAAAAAACUGUCUCGCUCUGAUGAUGUGUGCUGGAGGAAGUUUAUAUAGCCACGUAACAGAUGAUGAUGUUACUAGCAAACAGAUUUUACAGAAAGGCCAGCUGCAACAAAGAGUCACAAUUAUUCCUAUAAAUAAAAUAUCAUCACGGCCAAUUGAUCCGAAAGUUGUGAAGUUUGCGCAAAACUUGGUGGGCGAAGAAAACGUUAAUUCAGCUCUUGCACUGAUUGAAUAUGACCGAUAUUUUGAUCCAGUUAUGAAAUUCGUUUUUGGACAAACCCUCAUUUGUAAAGAUCUGAACAUUGCUAAACAAGUUACAUAUCAUCGCCAAAUAUACUGCCGUUCAGUCACAUUAGAAGGAGAUGUAGUAGAUCCUGAAGGUACAUUAUCUGGAGGGUCAAAACCAAAAGGAGGAAAUAUUCUUCAAGAAUUGGCCGAAAUCAAGCGUUUAGAAAAGGAUAUUCAGAACUACAAAACCGAUUUGCAAACAGUGGAUCAAGAAUUGGCUGCUACUGAGAAGCUUGCUAAGGCGAAUAGAGCUAUAAAAGAACGCAUGGAACUGCGUCAACAUGAACUGCAUGCGUGUACUCAACGUUUAGCACAAACAACAUUCCAUCAGCACCAGGAGGAAAUUAAAACUCUCAAGGAAAAAAUUGAUAUGCUAGAAGAGAAUCUUAAAAAAGCUGUUGAAACUCUAAAAAUUUCUUCCGCUAAAGUUAAAGAUAUAGAAGAAAAAUUGGCAGAUGCUAAAGGCUUUCGUGAACGUGAACUUAAAAAGGCCACUGAGGACAUGAAGCUUGCAAAAAUUAAAAGCGAGCAAAGUCGUAAUGAUUGGAAAAAGCAUGAACAACAAUUCGAAACAUUACAGUUAGAAAUUGAGGAAUUAAGAAAAAGUACUGAAAAUUCACGUCAACAUCAAGAAGAAUUGAACUUGACCCUUGAAAAACUCAAACAGAAUUUAGAAUCACUCAGAAGCGAAUCCUCUGGUCUUUUUGAAGCCGUUAAGGAAAUUAAGCAAAAAAUAAAAGAACAGAAAGAAAAAAUCAAUUCGCAAAAUAAGGAAUUGAAACUUGUUUACAGUAAAAAGGUAACAUUGGACAAACAAACCCAAGACAUGGCACUUGAAAUAAAAAAAAAAGAUAAUGAGGUGAACAAGGUGCGAAACGAGAACAAAGAUAGCUUUAAUAAAAUCGAAGCUAUGGAAGAGAAAUACGGUUGGAUAAAGGAAGACAGAGAUUUUUUCGGGACUAAAAAUACACGCUACGAUUAUUCAAAAGAAGACCCAGUUGAAGCUGGCGUCAAAUUAAAUGUUAUGCGAGAUCAAAAAGACAAAAUGGAACGAAAUAUCAACUUAAAAGCAAUGAUGCUUCUUGAUCGCGAAGAAGAGCAAUAUCAAGAAACUCUACGACGAAAAAAGAUUGUUGAACAGGACAAACAAAAAAUUCAGCAUAUAAUAUGUAAAAUGGACGAAAAGAAAAAAGAAAAGGUUGAAAAAGCUUGGAAAGUUGUCGAUGAUAAUUUUAGUAGUAUUUUUAGCACAUUGCUGCAAGGUGCGCAGGCCCGUCUUAAUCCUGUCAUGCAAAACAAUAGUCUUCUUGGUUUAGAAAUAAAAGUAGGUUUCAACGGUGUGUGGAAAGAUUCGUUGGGUGAGUUAAGUGGUGGCCAACGCUCGCUUGUUGCAUUGUCGCUUGUUCUUGCCAUGCUUAAGUUUUCUCCAGCACCGCUAUAUAUUUUGGAUGAAGUCGAUGCAGCGUUGGAUAUGUCUCAUACUCAGAACAUCGGAAAUAUGUUAAAAGCGCACUUCACUAGCUCUCAGUUUAUAAUAGUUUCUCUCAAAGAUGGAAUGUUUAAUAAUGCAAAUGUAUUAUUCAGGACGAAGUUUGAAGAAGGUGUAUCUGCUGUUACAAGAACAGUCAAUCAGAAAACAGCAAAGAUUUCUAAGUAGAAACUAAUUUUUUAAUUAUCUAAUCAUAGUUAAAAUUUGAAAAUAAAAUUUGUUUAUAAAUAAACAACACAUGUAUAUUUACCUGACAUCUAUGGAAAAAAAAAUAACUAAUGUCGUUUUCGAUUGGAAACACUCAAGGAUUCACUCAUUCUGAAAUCCAAUUAAACAGUUUAAAUCGCUUCCACUCAAUUCAUUUUU